GUCCGGACACUUUCCCCCCCUUCCAGUCCGGACACUUUUCCCCCCUUCCAUUUCGGACACUUUCACCCCCUUCCAGUCCGGACACUUUCCCCCCCUUCCAGUCCGGACACUUUCCCCCCCUUCCAGGUCCCGGACACUUUCACCCCCUUCCAGUGGCCGGACGCUUUCACCCCCUUCCAGUCCGGUACGCUUUCCCCCCCUUCUCCAGUCCGGACGCUUUCACCCCCUUCCAGUCCGGACACUUUCACCCCUUCCAGUUCCGGGACACUUUCACCCCUUCCAGUCCUGGACACUUUCACCCCCUUCCAGUCCGGACCU